UUUGUUCACUAAGUCACAUUUUCUUCCUUUAAUAUGGAAGUGGAUGAUUAUUAUAAUAAGAAAAAUAACAAAAAUGAUCUCUGUUAUAGGCGCCUUUGGUGUGUUCAGUCAAAGAUCUGCAUCCUUCUAUUACAACAUCAGCAAUCAAAGUUAGGGUGGUGCGUGCAUAUGGAGUACCAUUUAAUGGGAAUUCAAAGGAUCUGAUGAGCUUUGAAUGCAUACUGCAAGACCAAGAGGGUGUUAAGAUUCAUGUUUCUUUUGCACGAAACCUGGUGAACAGUGUAGCUUCAAAAAUCAAAGAAGGCCACUAUUAUGUGUUUCACAAAUUCUACAUAAGGCCUAACCAUAUGCGUUUCAAAACCACAGAUCAUGAAUCUCGCAUAAUAAUGAAACAAAAGAGCCAGAUCUGUCAAAUUGAAGCUGUUGAUUUUCCAACUGAUAUGUUUUCUUUCAAAACAUUUGCUAAAAUUGCAGGAAUAGAAGUGUUGUAGAUGCAACACUUUUUGAGUGAUUGGUGUUAUUGUAGAGAGUGGUGGUGUGGUGAACCAACCAAAUUCUAAGAUGUUGGAGUUGAAAAUUGAGGAUGAAAAUUGUGUGUACUUUGUGGGAAGAGUAUGUUGAUGAAUUUCUAAGUCAAGUUGAUCCAAAUGUGAAACAAAUCACAGUGGUACUGAUUCAGUUCUGCAGGGCCAAUUUAUACAAGGGGGAGAUAAGAAUCUCCACUUCUUACAAUGUUUCAAAGGUUCUACUAAACAAAGACACCAAAGAAAUGAAUGAAUUCAGGCAGAGGAUUUUUGGAAACAUUCGAUUCUUUGAAACUAUGAACAUAACUUUCAACCAUGAGCCCAAGCGGAUGAUUGAUGAGACUGAAAAUUUGGAGGUCAAGUCUAUUGAAGAUGUGUUUUGUUUAGAGGACGGCUGCUAUUGGAUAUGUGCAAAAGUGGAUCAUAUCGAAGCGAUUGGUGAAUGGUGGUACAUGGCGUGCAAGUGUUGUGCGAAAAAGGUUGAGAAAGUUGACAACAAAUUCUACUGCGAUCGUUGCAACAAGUUUGAUGGGAUGGCCAACAAGAGAUUCAUGUUGAGGGUAAAUGUGGUUGAUGCGAGUAUAGCAUUAAUGCUACUAUACUGUUAGGCAAAAGAGCUUGGGAAAUCGAAGGUGCAUCUGCCAAGCCUGGAGAAAGUUGCAACAUUCCAAGGGAGAUUCAGGACAAGCUUCUUCAUAAGAUGAUCUUAUUUAAGGUGCUUUUGAGGAAUGAUGCUGAUUUUAGGUUUGAUCUGCCCUAUACUAUCAACAAGAUCCGUAUGAAGCCUGAAAUUGUAGAGAAGCAUGUUGUUGUUGCUGUUGAAAGUCCGAAGGAUUCUACCAAAUCAUUGUCGGAUAUUUCAUUUAAUCCCACUACUACAUUUCUAUUUUAAAUUUUGAAUUUUUCAUUCAAAUUUAAAUUAUAUAUUAUAUUGUUAACAUAAAAAUAAUAUCGCAAAUAUAUAUAAAUUUAAAUAUUAUAUUUAUGUAUGCAAUUACAUAAAA